GCCAUUUUCGGAUAACGAAAUAGCGUUUACUUAGCGGCAAAAAAUACAUAUUUCUCAAGUUUAUUGGUCUUACGUGCUUCCAGCCUAACAUUUACAGGUCUCAAACAAAGAUGUAUACAUGCUACAUAAAACAUUUGUAAAAGUAACCAUGAUGUUCUCUGUCAUUACACCGAGUAAUUACGUCAUCGGAAACCCCAAGUUAAUCGAGAACGAGGUCAUAACAAAAAUGGCGUCGAAAUAGGUGUGCGUAAAAUUACGUGGUGCGACGAUACCUGUAUGGUUUAAAUAAAGAAAGUACUGAAAGUGAUUUGGUACAAUGGAGACUUCAGAAGAGAAGUUAGACCAUGGUUUUGACAGAAGAAGUCAGCCAGCUGAUGGUGAAGGGGAUAAGCCAGAUUUAGUCAGUGUCAUCACUGAGGAUACUAGUAAAUCAAAAUGGAGAGAUGAUAUUCAAAGUGAAACAACAGUAAAUUGUAAUGAAGAUAAUCAGCAGGUAGAAAUGAAUGAGAAAACUGAGAAAGGAAAUGUUGCCACUGGUUCUGUUAAGAAUGUGGUAAAAGAUGUCUGUCCAUUUGUUUGUGGAAUAUGUUCAGAAAAGUUUGACAAAGUGUCUGUUUUCUAUGCCCAUUUAAAAUCUCAUGAAAACUUUGAUGUUAUUGCUCAGAUGAAUAAGAAGAAUGAAAUGUUGGAAGCACUGGAUGUCCAGGGAAAGGUAAAUGAGAAUGUUUUCAAAUGUGGGAUCUGCCAAAUAGAAUUUCCUUCCAUGAGUUUAUUACAUGAGCAUAUGGUUGGUGAAGAAAAUAUAUCUGAUUACAGUUAUAGUAAUGCUGAUCAUACUGCAAGACCAGCAUCUAGGGUUGUUUUAUCACAAAGUGAUUCUGACGAUGACUCUAAUGAAGUAGAAAGAGUUGUAAGAUCUCCAAGGAAUGUUAGAGGUAGAAAGAGAAAAACUGCUGAAAUAUCUACAACAGCAACUCAGACAAACAAGAAGUCAACAGUGAAAGGUAAAGUAGUGGGAAGUAAGAAAACCAACACGUCUUCUAAAAAACUAGUAGAACAAGAGAAUCUUAUGCAAUCUAGAAAUGGGAACAAGAGGAAGAAAGAAGAAACAAGCUCCUUAGAUGACUUGUCUUGUAGUGAUAGCCAAAAGAAAAGAAAGAUGAAAAAUACAGAUUCUGAAAACAGAGUUACACUUGAAUCAAGUUUAGAACAGACUUCGGUUAUUAAAACAUAUGGCACACGAGGAAACUUAUCCCCUCUUACAAGAUCAAGCCGCAGAAUUAGUGAUAGAUAUGCAAAUAAACGUGUUGACUAUAAAGCACUCGCAGGACUAGGAUCAUCUAAGUCAGAUUCAGAGUUUGAAGAGAACAGUGCACCUACAAAAAAUAUCAGUGUUGAAUCUAAAGAAAAGAAAGCUGGAGAAAAUGAUGUUGAAAAGAGGCCAAAGAAUAGUGAAAGUAUGGCAAAAAUAGUGCAAGAAAAAAAAGAUCCAGACAAAGAUAGUUCAGGAAAAGAUGUGGAAGUUAUAAAAGAGAACGAAAACAAGGCACUUCCUAAAAAGAUCAAAGUGGUCUCGAUGAAAAAUGUAGAAACUGACAAAUCAAACAAGGAGGAGGAAUUGAAUCUAAAGAAUGAUAUUGUGACAGAAAAAGUAAAUGCAGAUAAAGCUAAUUAUGACUCUGAUAUGUCAGAUAAUGACCCGGUCGAUAGUAGUGAUUUUGAAGAGACAGAGGAAAUAGAAAUAAGGGAAGAUGGUGAUUCUGCUGAAGAACCUGCAGUAAAGGAUGACGGAACUUUAGUUGAUGUUAACUCAGAUUCAGACACUGCCAUUAAAGUGGAAAUUGAUUCAGAUUAUGAGUACAAUGCAUCAGAUGAUGAUAGUGAUGAUGACUUUAGGGAAGAGGAAGCUCUAGAUGAUGAAGAGAAUGAUCCAGACUUUGAACCUCAGUCAGAGAUUGAAUAUGAUAAUAAAGGCAAUGUCAUUGUUUCACUGAAAAAUACUAGAGACCCUGAAGAGUAUUUAAAGAAGUUUAAAGUGAAGAAGAAGAGAAUUUCUAGAAAAAACAAAGAUGGUCAGCCUGUAAAGAAUUGUAUGUAUCCAUGUGCAAUAUGUGGUCGUUACUAUUUAUGGAAAGCACUGAAGAAGCACAUGUAUGCUCAUGUUAAAGUAAAGGCAGUACAAUGUACUCAAUGUGGGAAAAAUUACAAAAGUACUAGACAUCUUAAGGAUCAUAUUAGAUCUGUUCAUACAAUGAAGAAAUAUGGCUGUCCAAAAUGUAGCAGUAUUCUGAAAGGCAAUCAGAGUUUUGAGAAGCAUAUAAUGAUGCAUAUUUUGAAGAAAGAGAUUAGUGAAGCAUUGGAUGAAGUUGAAAAAGUAGAAGUGUCCGAGGAGGAUUACAUAAAUUGGAAAACACAACAAGAACUGUUGAAUGGAGAUUCGUACUAUAGAAAGAAGAAAAAGAAGAAGGAAACAGUUCCCGAAAGACAAAGUAAGGAAGAGGGUAUAGAUUUAGAUCUUUUGAAAGAUGGACCCCUACACGGAGACCAUAUAGUGUUAGAAGAUGAUAUUGUAGGCACAACAAAAAAUCAGUAUUGUAAAAUUUGCAGACGGAAUUUCCCUACACAUGAGAGUUUGGUACAGCAUCUUUUAGAACACCAUGAUGAUGAGCAAUUCAGCUGUAGUAUAUGUAAAGGAUAUUUCCAGACACAAGAACAUCUCCAGAAUCAUAUGAUAAAUGUUCAUGGGGAAAGAGAACUUGUUUGUGAUAUAUGUGGUGAGAGAUUGAGAAGCACCUAUGCAUUGUGGGCACAUAAAGGAAAACACCUGAUGAAAAAAGAUGAAUAUUAUUCCGAGGAAAUUGUUCAAAAGCUUCAAGAGGAGAUUGCUGAGAGGAAGAAUAAGAGGAAGUCGAAUAAAUCAAAAACUGAGACAAAGGAGUGUGUUGUGUGUGGUAUGGUUGUGUUGGCUGUGAGGUAUAAACGCCACCUUGAGGUACACAACACAACUAAAGACUGGGAAUGUGAAGUGUGUCAUAACUUUUACAAAACUCGACGUUACCUGAUUGAUCAUAUGAAGAAAACUCAUAAUGCUGAAAAGGUCUCCUGUGAUAUUUGUGGACAAGCGUUUAAAGGAAAGACUUAUCUGGAGAUUCACAAACAAACACAUGGACCAAAAGACAAGCCAUGUCCGCAUUGUGGCAAAGGUUUCACUACAAUGAUGUACCUCAAAACUCACUUGCUCACACAUGAAGAGAAGAAAAGGUUCCGUUGUAAUCAAUGCAUGGCUGCCUUCAGUCACAAACAACGUUUGUCCAUCCAUAUGGUUGAGGUCCAUGGAGAAGGUGCUAGCCGACCUUGCAAAUACUGUGGUGAUUUAUUCCCAUCUCGGCAGAAAGCGAGAAGACAUGAGAGAAUUGCACAUGAAGGUUUCGUUACUCCAACCAGAAUUAAGAAAAAAUCAAAUUACUACAAUAUUGUAAAAAUUCAUGAGCCUGACAAUGAAUCAUUAGAGAAUAAAAUUGUAAGACUAAUGCCCCCUGGACCAAGCUAUGUAACAGUAUCCCCAGGGGUGGUUAAAGUACCAAUUUCGAAAAAUACAGCAGUUGAAAAUAGUGCUAAGACUUCUUCUGAGAAAAAUACAGUUUCAACUUUGCCUGAAGUCAGAUCAGGGGCAGCAGGGAAUGGACAGUUUAUUAAACUAGGGAAUGGUGAAGAAUACCAAGUUAUGAUAGAGAAAGAUGGGAAUAGUGAAUCCCUUGAAUUUGUUGAGUUAACAGAGGAAGAACAGAAUGUUAUUAUCCAGGAAGCAGACGGCGCUAUCUCCCAGUCAGCACCAGAGAUGGAAGAACAGGAUGAAAAUGUUGAACAAAUUCUUGAAAUUCCAGAAAAUGCUGAACAAUGUCAAAUUCUUCUUUAUCCUGACGGAACAUUUAAACUGCUGAAUGUUGUUGAUAAUACAAAUUCAGAUUGAUCAGUCCAGAAUGUGUUCAGGACAACAAUUAUAUUUAUUGCUUAGUACUGUGUAUUGAUGGUAAUUUGUCAUUUUAACAGUUUUUUUUAUAAAUUUCAAAAAUCCUGCAUCAGGGAUAAAUGCAACAGUUAUUUAUUUGCCAAAUACUCUAUAUUAAUAGUAAUUUUGUCAUUUUCAACAAUUUCAAGUAGAUUUCAGAAAUCCUGCACCAGGGAUAACAUAGCAGUUUUAAUAGUUUGAUGUGCAAAAAUUCUCUCAUCAUGUGCCUCCUGUUAAGUGUUUAGUUGAUCAUGAUGACUUAUUCUAAUAUGCUUGUCUCUGUUAAAACACUAGAAUGACAUCAAAGUUUUUGUUACGACCAAGAAAGAGCGCUUCUAUAUAUUAAUGUCUCCCCCCAACUGGGGGAGACAUUGUUUUUGCCCAGUCUGUCCGUCACACUUCGUUUCUGAUCAAUAACUGGAGAACCAUUUGCCUAGAACCUUCAAACUUUGUAGGGUGGUAGUAUAGCCCUUUGCGUUGUAUAGUAGGGCUGCUGGAGUAGACGACCCCUAUUGUUUUUCAGGUCACUCCUUCAAAUGUCAAGGUCACAGGGGCCAGAACAUUGAUAACCAUUUCCGAUCAAUGACUUGAGAAUUACUUGACUCAGAAUGUUGAAACUUCGUAGGAUGAUUGGACAUGCAGAGUAGAUGAACCAUUUUGAUUAUGGGGUCACUCUCUUAAAGGUCAUGGUCACAGGGGCCUGAACAUUGAAAACCAUUUCCGAUCAAUAACUAGAGAACCACUUGACCCAGAGUGUUAAAACUUCAUAGAAUGGUUGGACAUGCAGAGAAGAUGACCCCAGUUGUUUUGGGGUCACUUUAUUAAAGGUCAAGGUCACAGGGCCCUGAACAUAGAAAACAGUUUCCAGUCAGUAACUUGAGAACCACUUGACACAGAAUGUUUAAACUUCAUAGAAGUUUGGUCAUGCACAGUUGAUGACCCCUAUUGAUUUUGGGGUCACUCUGUCAGAGGUCAAGGUCACAGGGGCCUGAACAUUGAAAACCAUUUUCGAUCAAUAACUUGAGAACCACUUGACCCAGAAUGUUGAAACUUCAUAGGAUGAUUGGUCAUGCAGAGUAGAUGACCCCUAUUGAUUUUUGGGUCACUUUAUUAAAGGUUAGGGUCACAGGGGCCUGAUCAUGUAAAAUCAUUUCUGGUCAGUAACUUGAGAACCCCUUGACCCAGAAUGUUGAAACUUCAUAGGAUGAUUGGCUAUACAGAGUAGAUGACCUCUAUUGAUUUUGGGGUCAGUCUAUUAAGGUUACAGCAGGCAGAGAAUGGAAAUCCAUUUCUGGUCAAUAACUUGAGAACCUUAUGACCUAUAAUCUUCAAACUUCAUAGGGUGAUAGGACUUACAGAGUAGAUGACCCCAAUUGAUUUUGGGGUCACUUGAUCAAAGGUCAAGGUCACAGGAGCCUGAACUUGGAAAACCGUUUCCAAUUCAUAACUUGAGAACCACUAGGCCCGGAAUGUUGAAACUUAGUGGGAUGACUGGACAUGCCAAGUAGAUGAUCCCUAUUGCAGCCAACCAUCAGUGUCUCUUUGACUUUCACUCCUGUCCCCUAUUGACUUCUAUGACUAUGCAUUGGGGGAGACAUUUGCUUUUCUACAAAAGCAUCUUCUAGUUUAUCUACUGUUUUAGAUUAAGGGCAUAUUAGAAUCGAAAUAAUUUAGAGCUAAACUGUGUUUUAACACUAUUUAUACACUCGGGUGGUAAUACGUCAUACAAAUUAUUUCACUCGGGUUGUGCCCUUGUGAAAUUAUUACACCGAACGUAUAACCGCCCAUCGUGCAUAAAUAGUGUUAAAGCACACUUUUGCUAUAAAUUAUUUCUUAAAUGUGUUUAAAUUAAUCAACAUUUGUUACAGAAAUUAGUUUCUUUCAGAAGUAUUAGAAUUUCUUAGGCAUUUUUCAGAAAUAAAUUAUGUGGUAGAAAUGUGUUUUUGGUUUGAGAUAACUGAGAACAGACAAAACUGUUAUUACAGGGUAUCAGGAACAACAGUUAAAACUGUUGAAUUGCAGAGGUUUGUCUGCACCAAGUAACAGUUCUAAUGUCAUCUGUGCUAUCUCAGACAGUACUUUUGACCUGUUCCCCCAAGCAUCUGCCAUAAAUAACAAUUUAUGUAUUUUGUUAGUUAUUAUAUAUAAGUUAUUGCUCUAGAAAUGACUAGACUGUUUCCCUGUAAAACUAUAUAUUAGUGUUAUUUAUAGACAAUAUUUUUAACUCACUAGAAGAUUGCUUAUUAUCUCUGCCAAAUAUUUACAAAUGUCAGUGAAAAUUGGAGACAGUGUUUAAUGAUAAUUUCAUGUUAAUAAAAUAGAACAUUGAUAACAAUUGGAUGUGAGUUCUUUGAGCUAUAAUAGUUACAAUAAGUUUACUGUAAAUUCUAGAAGGGACCUCUGUGGCCCUUCACGGCUGUGGGUUCGAAAUCUUGCUUUAGGUUAAGAAUUCAUUCAUGUGAGGAAGCCAUCCAGCAAGCUUGUGGAAGUUUGAUGGUUGUGUGAAGGUGUCCGUCUGAGACAGUGUUCACCUUGAGUGUUCUACCACCAUGAAAAGCUGGAAAUUCACCGUAUAACCUGUAUUUGUGUCAGAGGGAUGUUAAACCAAACAAGUACAAAUAUCCAAAUUUAAACAGUCACAUAAUCAGUAAAUUCCUAAUGACUGCAGUACACUAUAAAGAGUUGAAUUGAGAUAAUUCAGAUAAUUAUAUAUAUUCAGUUUUCAACUCUGUUCAGUUGAGAUGGAACAUUCUUUGAUAUUUUACAUGUAUCACCAGGAAAUUUCUCAUCAGGCUUGUGACAUCACUAGUGACAUCACAUUAAUGGCUGUUUGGGCAGUCAGAAGUGCAUUAACUCCAUUAUUAUUCAGUUCAGCCAGAUGAACAAAAUACAUGUGAUUUUAUCAUGAUUUUAUCAAUUAAGAUGAAUACAUAUACAGUCUAACCUGUUUAUAGUGGCGUAUUGGUUUAUAAUAAUGGCGUAUUGGUUUAUAAUAAUAAAGCACACAUUUUGUAUUAUGUUACUUAUAAAAGAUUUGUUAAAACUAGGGAUGGCAACAGUUAACCGGUUAACCAAGUUCUCGCUCAGUGUUUGAGUAUCGAUUACGAAAUUUAGAAUACAUAAGUUGCUUUUUUUGUUUUGAUGUUUUGAUUACCUUACGUUAUUACGGGGACAUAAAAAGUUACUUCUAAUAUAUCAAUAACUUGUUAUCAUCUGUGUUGUUUACAUUCUCGAGUUUUCCCUUUAGCACAAAGUAAUUAUUAUGUCUCCCCCAGGAGACAUAUUGUUUUUGCCCUGUCCGUCCGUCCUUCCGUCACACUUCAUUUCCGAGCAAUAACUGGAGAACCAUUUGACCUAGAACCUUCAAACUUCAUAGGGUUGUAGGGCUGCUGGAGUAGACGACCCCUUUUGUUUUUGGGGUCACUCCGUCAAAGGUCAAGGUCACAGGGGCCUGAACAUUGAAAACCAUUUCCGAUCAAUAACUAGAGAACCACUUGACCCAGAAUGUUGAAACUUCAUAGGAUGAUUGGUCAUGCAGAGUAGAUGACCCCUAUCGAUUUUGGGGUCACUCCGUCAAAGGUCAAGGUCACAGGGGCCUGAACAUGGAAAACCAUUUUGGAUCAAUAACUCGAGAACCACUUGACCCAGAAUGUUGAAACUUCAUAGGAUGAUUGUACAUGCAGAGUAGAUGACCCCUAUCGAUUUUGGGGUCACUCCAUUAAAGGUCAAGGUCACAGGGGCCUGAACAGUGAAAACCAUUUCCAGUCAGUAACUUGAGAACCACUUGACCCAGAAUGUUGAAACUUAAUAGGAUGAUUGGUCAUGCAGAGUAGAUGAACCCUAUUGAUUUUGGGGUCACUCUGUGAAAGGUCAAGGUCACAGGUGCCUGAACAUUGAAAACCAUUUCUGGUCAGUAACUUGAGAACCACUUGACCCAGAAUGAUGAAACUUCAUAGGAUGAUUGGUCAUGCAGAGUAGAUGACCCCUAACGAUUUUAGGGUCACUCUGUUAAAGGUCAAGGCCACAGGGGCCUGAACAUGGAAAACCAUUUCCAAUCAAUAACUUGAGAACCUCUUGACCCAGAAUGUUGAAACUUCAUAGGAUGAUUGUUCAUGCAGAGUAAAUGACCCCUAUUGUUUUUGGGGUCACUCCGUUAAAGGUCAAGGUCACAGAGGCCUGAACAUUGAUAACCAGUUCCGAUCAAUAACUUGAGAACCACUUGACCCAGAAUGUUGAAACUUCAUAGGAUGAUUGAAUAUGCAGAGUAGAUGACCCCUAUUGAUUUUGGGGUCAGUCUAUUAAAGGUCAAGGUCACAGUGGCCUGUUCAUGUGAAAUCAUUUUUUGGAAAUAACUUGAGAACCACUUGACCUACAAUGUUGAAACUUAAUAGGAUGAUUGGACAUGCAGAGUAGAUGACCCCUAUUCAUUUUGAGGUCACUUGAUCCAAGGUCAAGGUCACAGGAGCCUGAACCAUCAGUGUCUCCUUGACUUUCGCUCCUGACCCUAAUUGACUUCUUGCCUAUAGGACUUUGCAUUGGGGGAGACAUGCGCUUUUUUACAAAAGCAUUUUCUAGUUUACAACUGCAUUCAACAACUAAAAAAUGGUUUUGAAACAUUAUAUCACUGCUUACGGGAGCAAUGGUGAAACAACUGAUGAUUUAAAAUUAUCUCCCUUUAAUAGUGAACAUAUGCUAAAUACAACUGAUUCUCGCCUAUUCCGGUUACAGAAACCACUUUUAACGAGUAACUGAGUACUCUGUCUAAAAAAUCGGCGAGUACUUCGAGUACCAAAAUGGUACUUGUUGCCAUCCCUAGAUAAAAUUGAUACUAUACAAUUUUUGCCUUUUGGUGAGGUUGAUACAUGUAUGUAGAUUUAUUGACCAAAAGCGAUGUCGACCGAUGGCGCAGUCAGAAGUUGAUAUUGCUUUUAUCAGGUCGAGCGAACCUAACGAUUGUUUUAUUAUUAUUUCCGGCCUACUUAAAAGUAUUUCCCAAUACUGUGCUUCUAGUGAUUUUUUGUUACUGCAUAAAUAAUAAGGUUUCAAUAAUUUAUCAUAAAAUCCAGUAGUGGUACAAUACUAAAAUUGCCAAGCUUAUGAAAAGUUAUAAUUAACAGUAACUGUUUUAUUGGAACAGUUGUGAUACACAGGCAUGGGACACAUGGGCCUUUUGUAUAUUUAUCAUGUUCAUUGACAUGUGGGAGACUGCAGUUACACUGUUUUACUUCAUAGUUUGCGUAUGAUCAAGGAGUCAACAUUCUCACUAUGCUGAUAAACUCCUGAAGUUCAUUGAGUUAAUCAUUCGACUGUGAACUAAUGAGUGGUUCAAAAGUUACCAAAUUUAUAUCAAAUUCAUUAGCAGAAUCAAAUGCCUGUAAAAAUCACCGAGUAAUAGGUUCAGGUCAUGUUUUUGCAAGUUUUUGAAUGCAUCUGACAACUAUUUACUCCUUAAAUAGUCCUUGAAACACCUUACUGCUGUUUCUGUGGCACGUUUAGUAUUUGCUGCAUCUGUAUUCAAUAGAAUUUCUUGUUUUUCUGCUUCUGACAGGUUAGCAGAAUUGUUUUCGGUACGGUCAGUACGUACUUUAGGCUCAUCACACUAGUCAAUACAGAUCAUGUGACUGUGUUUAAACCAGUCACUAUCGCCAGAAAAUUCAAUUUAAUAAUAAAUUAUUAUAUUAUAGUGUAAAAACACACAAUUUACAUGUAUUUUAUGGGGUGCAUUCCUCAGGAGUGAAUAAUAUCUUAUAAAUGAAUUUUGCUUUGUGGCAGUCUCUUGCAAAUUAAGCAUGUUGCUAAGAAAAUAAUUAUUUACUCAAACUAACAAAUUUAUUCAUUAAAUCACACCAUUUUUGAUGUUUAGACUAUUAAAAUACCCUGGGUCAUUUUUUAUGCAGUACAGUAGGACAAAUUGCACAAUAUUACUUUACCACAUAAGAAAUUUCUUACAUGACCGUUAUAGUGUAUUUCACUGACCUCUGCUGGCUCAACAGUUGACAAUGUUUGACAGGGUCAUGCUAUAUAAAGGGCUAACUUAACAGGAAUUCUAACAGAUGGACCAGAAGGUGACCAUUAUAAGUAUGGUGACAGCUAUUAAAGGUUUGACUGUAGCACAGAAAGUUGGAGAAUUAUGCACUUGUUCUUUUGUGGAUAAAUGUUAUGCAGCUUUUGUUGUGCCACUAAAACCUUGCAGUAUUUCCCCAGCAGAACUCGUACAUAUUUCUUCAUUCAAAUCUGAUAAUUAUUUACUAAUAUAAUCUGCAGAUGGCAGUAUUUCCCACCUAGUGGCAUGCACCAAAUUGCACUCAUUUUGUUACUUUUUAUUUUAGAGUUAACUUAAUGUAAUUGUCAUGGAUCAAUAAAUUUAUGUUUGAUUGUUA